GAUAGAGGAGGACAGCGGCGCGCGCACCAUGGCCAAGAACGUCGUACUGGACGAGCACGUCGACCCCGAGUACGAGCCGACUGAGCAGGAGAUUGAGGAGUAUGCCGAGUGGCUGGGCAUGGACCUGCAGAGGGACAGGCACUUGUUCUGGAUCGCGCGCGCGGGCCUGAAGGCGCCGCUGCCGCACCCGUGGAAGCCCUGUCAGUCCGAGGAGGGAGAGAUCUUCUACUUCAACUUCGAGAGUCAGGAGAGCGUGUGGGACCACCCCUGCGACGAGUACUACAGGAGCAUGUACAAGCAGAAGUCCGGUCAGGAGGGGCGGCAGCAGCCGGACGAGGACGACUCGGGGACGAAGCGGAAGGACAAGAAGGACAAGAAGGACAAGAAAGAGAAAAAGGGCCGCAACAGCCGAGGCGUCUUCUGGAACGAGCAGACGGAGGAUCUGGGGCCCGGAAUAUAG